AUGGCUUCAGCAGAGGAACAGGAUGAACUUAAGAUUGUGAAGGUGGAAGAAGAUCCUCUCUGGGAUCAAGAAACCUACCUUCCAGUGAACAGCUUUUCUGGCCAGGAGGCCUCACACGGACUUUUUAGGCAAUUUUGUUUCUAAGAGACUCCUGGUCCUUGAGAAGCUCUAAGCAGGCUCUAAGAACUCUGUCAUCAGUGGCGGAGACUAGAGAUUCACACCAAGGAGCAUAUUCUAGAGCUGCUGGUGCUAGAGCAGCUCCUGAUCAUUCUACCUGAGGAGCUACAGGCCUGGGUGCAGGAGCACCAUCUAGAGAGUGGUGUGGUGGAAGAUCUGGAGCAAGAGCUUAGUGAGCCUGGGAACCAGGCCCCAUACCAGGAAUACAGACAUGUUAACGUGCUUACAGAGGACAUGGUACAUCCUAAGGGCAAGCAGGAAUCAACAGUCAUCCAGCUCCAGUCUAUGGUGACACAGUUCAAAUAUGAAGCUUUUGGCCUCCACCAAUUUCAAGAACAAGGGGGUAAGACUAUACCUGAAAACCAGAAGUUGGUAUCAAAACAGAAAGUCUUAAAAGAAAUGGAACAUUUUGGGGAGAGCAGAUUCCAAAAAAAUGUUUCUCUGGAUUCUAAGUACAGAGAAACUUGUAAACAUGAGAACAAGGUAGAAAAGCAGAGUUGCCAUUCAGUUGGAGAAAGAUGUCACCAGUGGAAUGAAUGUGGGAAAAGCUUCACUCAGAGCUCAGUCCUUAUUCAGCACCAGAGAAUCCACACUGGGGAGAAGCCACAUGAAUGUGAAGAAUGUGGGAAGGCUUUCAGGAACCACACUGGAGAGAAACCCUAUCAAUGUAAGGAGUGUGGGAAAUCCUUCAGUGCCAGCAAUGGCCUCAUCAGACACAGAAGAAUCCACACAGGAGAAAAACCCUAUCAAUGUGAAGCAUGUGGAAAGGCUUUCUGCCUCAGCUUUAGAUUACACACUGAAGAGAAAUGCUAUCAGUGUAAUCAGUAUGGCAAAGCCUUUAGUCAGAAUGCAGGACUUUUCCAGCAUCUCUAAAUCCACACUGAUGAGAAACCUUAUCAAUGCAGUCAGUGGUGUAAAAGCUUUAGUAGGUGGACACUCCUUAUGAAACAUCAAAGAAGCCACACUGGAGAGAGACUUAUAAGUGUGAUGAGUGUGGGAAAACUUUGGUCAUCACUGCCACCUUAUUAG